AUGGCGGUCACGUCCGCCCGGGAGAAGCAGACCGCUGCUCUUAAGCGGAUGCUGAACUUUAACGCUCCUCCUCUGAACAACUCUCUGUCGGAGCCAGUCUGGAAGGUGCUGAUCUACGACCGGUUCGGACAGGACAUCAUCUCUCCUCUGCUGUCUGUCAAAGAACUGCGAGACAUGGGCAUCACCCUCCACCUUUUGUUGCACUCUGACAGAGACCCCAUACCAGACGUUCCAGCCAUUUACUUUGUGAUGCCAACGGAGGAAAACAUCGACCGCAUUUGUCAGGACCUCCGGAACCAGCUUUACGAGUCCUACUUCCUGAACUUCAUUUCCGCCAUUAGCCGCAGCAAACUGGAGGACAUCGCCAGUGCUGCUCUAGCUUCCAACGCCGUCACACAAGUCAACAAAGUUUACGACCAGUAUCUCAACUUCAUCACUUUGGAGGAUGACAUGUUUAUCUUGUGUCACCAGAACAAAGAGCUCAUUUCGUAUCACGCCAUUAACCGACCAGACCUCCAGGACACCGACAUGGAGGCCAUCAUGGACACCAUAGUGGACAGCCUAUUCUGCUUCUUCGUCACAUUGGGUGCAUUGCCCAUAAUCCGCUGUCCCAGAGGAAACGCAGCAGAGAUGGUAGCUGUGAAAUUGGACAAAAAGCUUCGUGAAAACCUGCGAGACGCUCGGAACAGUCUCUUCACCUCUGACAACAUGACGGCGGGACAGUUCAGUUUCCAGAGGCCGCUGUUCGUGUUGGUGGACCGGAACCUGGACAUGGCCACGCCCCUUCACCACACCUGGACCUAUCAGGCGCUGGUGCACGACGUCCUGGACUUCCAUCUGAAUCGUGUGGCCCUAGACGAGAGCUCGGGUCCUGAGCCCAGUCCGUCCGGAGCUCGACCAAAAAAGAAGAACCGCAAAACCUACGACCUCACUGCUGCAGACCGCUUCUGGCAAAAGCACAAAGGAAGUCCGUUCCCGGAGGUGGCGGAGGCGGUGCAGGAGGAGCUGGACACGUACAGAGCUCAGGAGGACGAAGUCAAGCACCUCAAAAGCAUCAUGGGUUUGGAGGGAGAGGACGAAGGAGCCAUCAGCAUGUUAUCAGACAACACUGCCAAACUCACCUCGGCCGUCAGCUCUCUCCCGGAGCUUCUGGAGAAGAAACGGCUCAUUGAUCUUCACACCAACGUCGCCACCGCUGUCCUCGACCACAUCAAGAGCCGGAAGCUGGACGUGUAUUUCGAGUACGAGGAGAAACUGAUGAGUAAAUCCACUCUGGACAAAUCCCUGCUGGACAUCAUCAGCGACCCGGACGCGGGAACACCAGAAGAUAAGAUGCGUCUGUUCUUGAUCUUCUUCAUCACGGCUCCGCAGCCUCCCACUGAGCAUAAAUGGAACACAAAGAUCCAGUGCUCGCUACCUGGUGUUUACAAAGUGAGAGGCCGGGUGAGAGGCCGGUUGAGAGGCCGGGUGAGAGGCCGGGUGAGAGGCCGGGUGAGAGGCCGGGUGAGAGGCCGGGUGAGAGGCCGGGUGAGAGGCCGGGUGAGAGGCCGGGUGAGAGUCCAAAUGUAG